AUGGGCUUGAUGAUAUCUGAUGACUUUUUCAUGGAUGAAGCCGCUGGGAACAAGUCGACCACCGUCCUGACGGGGUUCACCUUUAACAUCCCCAAGGGGAUGAAGUCUAAUGGAAAAGCUUUGCCCAUGCACCCUUCAUGGUACAUCUGCCGCCACAUCUUCAUCUCGACAAAUGCCAAGAUAAAGGAAUCUGGAGAUGAAAACACCUGUGACGCACUCCCCUUGGAUUGCAAGAAUGACCUCGCCGCUGCUUUGACUGACGACUGGGGCUAUAAGAAUAAGGAUUCUAUGUGCUCCCAGCGCAUAGCUGAUCCUAUUCCUCAAAGUUGCGUCGGCACAUUCGGAUUCUCUCGCCAAGAUAUUUUGACUAUCAACAGCACUUCUCUGGCGGAUCCGAUGCUUGGGCCUCUGCAGACAAACUCAAACCCGCAGCAAUACGGCUGGCGUAUUGGAACUGGCUAG